AUGUGUUCAAAAUUUGAGUUAAAGGUACCCCCUUACAUUUUAAAUGCGCUUUAAAGACAAAAACAGUUGAUAAUCAAACACUUAAUUUAUUUAAAACUUUUAUUAGGUUGUUCAAAUUCUCUGCUUUCUUUCAAAACAAAUUUAUGAGGUUUAAAGGCACAGAAUUAUUUGAACAACUUAAUAUUUUAAUUUUAAUACAGAUUUUAUUUUUCAAUGCUAAUACAACCUUAAUUCCAGGACAAGAUCAAGCGAGACAUCUUGGUGAUCUGGCUGUUGGAAGUUCAGUUAAGUGAGCUGGCUGAGCUAAGACGAUCGACUUCGAAACAAGAUCAAGAAGUGUCGUUGGCUGGCCAUAAAGAGCAUUUGGCCAAGAAAUUGAGGGAAGAAUUGUGUUGUUUUUUGAACAGAACAGUCGUCUAUGAAUGCAUAUUGGAUAACAAGAUUGCUGUGUAUCGAUUGAUGUCAACCCAUGUGGACUUCGAUACCUACUUGUUCUUGGCUAAUAAAUUGAAAGGUAUGAGUGGUUUUGAGGGUAGGGGUGAGGGUGGGUAAUUUGAAGGGAUCGGAAGGGUAUUUUAUGGUUUAGGAGGGUAAAUGUGUGCUGUGACAGGGUGGGUUUGAGGGUAGAAAAGGGGCUAUUUUAAGCUAUGGUAGGGGUUGUUUUAAGGACAGAAAAGGGGGUGGAUAAUUUAAAGGGAUAGGAGGAAGUUUUUUGUUUUAAGAGGCUUUUUGAGAUAUGGGUGGGGCAGUUUGAAGUUUUCUAAGAUCUUAGAGGCGAGAUCGAAUUUUCUUAAUAUUUUUUAGUCUAUGUUAAUAUAAAUGGCUUUUUUAAGGUAUAAAAAAGACUAAAUUGAUAUUAUUUUUGAUCUUGUAUAACAAUGUAGACCAUGUUUGCUAUUUUAAACACUCAAGUACAUUUUUAAGCUAUCAAAAUAGUCUUGUUGUUUUUUAGAUUAUAAAUAUAUGUAAAUUGACGACAAGGCUUUUUAAACCGUUUAAAUUAUGAUUUUUCGAUAAUAUAGAUUAGCCAACUGAAUUUUAAAGCCCUUUUUAAGCUAAUUUUAUUAAUUUUUAAUUUUUCAGACUACGAAGUAGUGGUUAAAGUACAUUUCCUUCAAAACGAAUAUCAAACAGCGUUGGAAGUGGCGGCAUCACAGCCCAACCCUCAGUUGCUUUACAAAUAUGCUCAAGACUUCUUCGACAACAUCCCAAAACUAUUUAUUAAAACGUUGAUUGAAAUGAAGGAUACGAUCAAACCGAAUCAAGUGAUAACGGCCUUCUUCAAGUGCUCACAAAGUGCCGAAAAGGUAAGGUUUUGGUGUUUGAAAUUUGUUUUUAGGCUUGGAAAUUGAUGUUUAGGCUUGGAAACUGAUGUAUAGGCUUGCCUAGGUCUGAAGUUUAUCUGCGACACUUUGAAUUUCGAAAACAUUGAUAUUUCAAAAGCUUUUUCAGAUAGCCACAGCCUUUGCCUACCUCAAUUUUGUCGUGAACAAUGGAUGUUCGGAUCGGACUGUUCAUGACUUCUUGAUCAAGUUGAUAGCAGACUAUAAGCCUAAACAGCUAUUGGAUCAUUUGAAAAAGUUUGGCAAAAGCCGAGAGUUGGUCAAGUACGAUGCGGAACGGGCACUGCGACUGUGCUUGGAGAAGAGUAGGGUUUUAUCUUUGAUGGCAGUUGGAAGAGGGGGGGGAGAGGAGGGCGUAAAGGCUGAGGAUGGAUGGUGGAGAAAAUUUUUUAGCUAUGUUAAUUUUUAAAAGAAUUUUUAAGAAGCGGAGGGUUGUAGGAAGGGGGUGUUUUUGUGUUUUACAGCUUUGUAAUUGAAAGUGUGCUGCUUACUGCUCUAUUUGAAGUAAAUUUUUAUUUUAUACCUUCUAUGAUAUAAUAUAUAUAAAAUUCUGCCUACCAUAAUAUAAUUUUUUAGAGUUUGACGAAUGUUCCGUCUUUUUAUACUGUCUAGAAGGACAAUACGAAGAUGCUGUGGACAAGGCUUUAACGGUAUGUGUUUAUUUGGUCUUUUUUUUAGUAGACUUUUUGAAUAUUUUUUAUAUUUCAAUUAGUUUUGAACUUAAAACUUUGCUUUUGUUUAAUAUAGUAUCAAUGCAUUGAUCAAUGGCGUUUAUUUCUAAAGCUUCUGACGCUAGGGCAAAGAAAAACAUGUUUGAACGUAUAAAAUGCCGCUUCUAAUAUAUAAAAAUAAUAUAAGAAUGAAUUUUUAUGACAAAGUUGAUUACAGAUCGACUUAAAAUUGGCCAAAGAAUGUGCAAAAGAAUUAGACAGCGAUGAAACCUCGGAUUUGUUCUUGUUCAACCCAGACGUUGAACAAAGUUUUGGCACUCAAAAGGUCAGCAAAGAAACCAAAAAGAAGGUGUGGUUGAAGAUUGGUAAGGUCAUUUUUUGAUUUUUUUUAAAUUUUAGGAAUAUGUUUUUACGUUAGAGAUUGUCGUAUUUUACACAAAAAGUUUUACAAUGUUGUUAUACAUGUAUAUUAAGCUUUGGAUUUUUCGGAAUUUUUUUUCUUAAAAAUGAACAGGGGGGGGGGACCAAGUUGAACAUAAAUAGAUUUUUUUCAAAAAAAAAUUUUUUGGACAAAAUUUGAUCUUUUGACUUUCUUAUAUACUCUGAUCACUAGCAAUACUAUAAGUCCAAUUUCCAGUCAACCACAUGAUUCAAAACGGCGCAGAAGUUGGAGAAUGCACUGAAAUCUUGAAAGAAUCCGGAAAUGUAUUGAGAAUUCAAGACAUUUUGCCAUUGUUUCCUGAAUUCACAAAAAUUGAACACUUUAAACAACCUCUAUGUGAAUGUCUGAAAGAACAGUCGAAACAAAUUACUGAACUUCAAAAGGAUAUUCAUCAGGCUACGGAGAAUGUGAAUCAAAUCAGGGCACAGGCUGAGAAAAUGGCUUCGAAGUGGGUUUUUAGGCUUGAAAUUUGGUGAUUGAGGACUGAUUUUGUUGUGAAUAGUGUACAGAUUAGGGUGAUAUAGGUUGAGAAGGUUUUGGAAACUUUAUUUUUGAGGUCAAAAAGUCGAUGGAACUUUGAUUUUUAAUGAGAAAUUGAUUUUUUUAAUAAUAAUGUCAGGAGACAGGCUGAGGAAAUGGCUUCGAAGUGGGUUUUUGGACUGAAAAUUGAUUUUUUACGGCUGAUUUUGUUGUGAAUAGUAAAUAGAUUAGGGGGAUAUAGGUGAAGAAGGUUUUACAAAAUUUAUUUGUGAGGUCAAAAAGUCUAUCGAACUUAGUUUUUCGAAAAAAAACGAUUUUUUUUGCAAAAAAUACUUUUUUCUCUAAAAAUUUUCAUUUUUUGAAUAAAAUUUUAAAAUAUUUCAGUAUUUUGGUGGUAAAGAGAGGAGACAAGUGUGUCGUAUGUUCAACAACGUUACUUCAAUCUCCUUUCUUUGCUUUUAACUGUAAACAUUUCUUCCAUCAAGAUUGCUUGGUCGAAUAUCUGGAGAAGAUCUUCACCGAAGUAAGUUGGGUUUCCUUAUUGUUUUUGAUUUUUAGGUAACAUUUUGUUAAGAAAUUAGAUUUUUAGGUAACAUUUUGAUAAGAAAAUGGAUUUUUAGAUAACAUUUUGUUAAGAAAGUAGGCUUUUAGGUAACAUUUUGUUAGUUUUUCAAUUUCCAGAGAGAACGAAAGGUGUACAACAAGAUGAAAGAGCAUGAGAAGUCGCUGAAAUCGGAAAUUUCCUUAAAAACAGGCAAAGAACAGGACGAUGCAGAGAUCACGUUGGCUUCGUUACGAGAGAAAAUGCACAGUUUCAUGUGCCGAGAAUGUCCAUACUGUAGUCAGCAAAGAAUAAUACAGUAAGAAUUUGAUAAAAUUUGAUAAUUUACCUUUUUCUACUUUAUGUUACACUACCUUUCUCUAUAUUACCCUGCUUUACCUUACACUACCUUUCUGUGCUGGACCCUACCUUAACCCUAUAUCUUCUACUUUGUCCUAGUCUACUCUACCUUACCUUGCCUUGAUUAAAUUGAUUACUUUCAGACUCCUACAAACUCCAUUGAUAUCAGAAGAAGACUACGAAAAGGUGUCAGCUGAUUGGGUACUAUAA